AUGCCAGAGUUAUUACAGAUUAUUUUGGAUCUUGGCAAAGUAUCCAUACAAUUAAUUGGAGCAGAAAUCAACUUCCCGAAGAGAUUACGAGAAGUUGGUGUUGGAUUGUGUCACAUGAUAUACAGAAACGCUCCAGAGAUGUGGAAUGAAGUAAGACAACUUCAGUGCUGCGAUUUCAUUCGUGUUGGCGGAAGUAAGAUCAAAGACGACUUUGUUCAGAAGAGAAUGGAAGAACUGUUCUCUUAA